ACCUUUAAAACAUGCCUUUCCCUGCAAGCAAGGGGAAGGCUACACAUACAGCAGAGCUGUCAGCCCCAUGCCUGGUUUAAGUAACUGUUUAUUGCACUGAUGGAUCCCAGGGAGGAGAAGGCAGAGCGGGAUGACAGCAGCUACAUGAAUGGAUGUGGCUCCUGGAGACACUUUCUGAGGGGCUGGUUGGCUCUGGGCUAGAGGGUAGUUUAGCUUCUAAUUUAAAAAUAAGGGACAAACCUCUGUCAUCUGACACGAGGUGGUGUAGCCAUGCUGGGAAUCAGACACUGCCCCCCAGCCCCAGGCUGUAGGUGCACUUCCCACCGGCUUUGCAGGCUCUGGAAAAGGUCAUCUGCCGCGUUGGAACGUGGCUGGGGAGCAAUGCCAGCCCGCUAGCUGCCCCUGCCCGCACAUCCCGCGCUCUGCUGGUGUUGGUUUCCCUCUUGCUUGUGGGGAGAGGUGGACUCUUUGCUGCCAGCUCCUGCCUCUGUUCAGCUGCCAUCCCUGUUCCUCUUCCCACCAAACACUUGAGUUUCAUGUCAAACCAAACAAGCACAGGACAUAAAAGAGGAAAGAUACAAACGUGCUCCACGUUUUAACAAUUCAUUUGGUUUAUAUUUUCCCUUUGGUAACAGUAAAAAAAUCCAAAAAUUCUUUGGAAUCAUCAUACUUGAUCUUAGGUAUGUAGAAAACUGAGCUUGUCUGCCCCUCACUUAAUUAGACAGACACAAAGGAGGGGGUGAUAUUCCUCAUGACUGCACAGUUCUGGUGUUGCCCUGCUAUGGAGAUACCUAUUUUAUUUUAAGGUUUGGCAACCCAGCACUUCCCACAGCCUCAUCUUGCAAUAAUGACCCUGCAUGAGGCAUGCAGGUAGUUAUGAUAUUGCCUUUUGCCCCAGACUGAUCCAACUAAUCCUCCAUCACCUACAGAGAUGGUGGCUAAUGGCUGGUUCCUGCUGGAGAGCUGCCCUCCUCUAACACCCUCCAGCCACCUUUGCCAGAGCAAAGGCACUAAAUUGCCCAUCACCACAGCUCAUCCCAUCCAGUGGCAGCCCAUAGUGCCUCCUGCUUCCAGGACAUACUUUGGGGUCUCUCCUGAUAUUCAGGCUUCUCUCACACUGGCCAUGAAAACAGUCCUGGCAAAGGCUGAGGGAACAACACCCCCAGUGCCUUCACUUCUGCCAUGGCUGGAGGCCCGGAGCUGUUGCUCACAGAGGGGCUCUGAUGAGGAAGCCAAGAUGGGGCAGUGCAGGGCUGAUGGUUGGUGGCCAUGGGAGGGCUCCCCACAAAGGCGCCUCGGUGGCAGCUGACGCACGCUGAUGGUCUGAUUACCCCCGACCUCUCCUGGGCCUGGCCUUGAGCCCUCUGAUCGGAGCAGUCAUGUGGCAGUUUACUAAUGAGGUGACGCCCUGCAUGGGCAGCCCAUUGUCAGGGGGAAGAGGAAACGGAGACAGGCAGAGAGAGAGGUUUACGGUCUUUUCUGUCCUACCAGCCAUGGAUAGGAAGCAGCAGCAAGCAGAGAAGGCCAGGCCUUGUGGCCUGCUGAAGCCAACAGCUUUAGGCAAGAUCCCAGGCAGAUUCCACGUCCAUCAGGAAGCGCUGCCCCAUCUCCCCGUGCCGCCGCUGCAGCAGACGCUGGACCGGUACCUGCUGGCUCUGCAGCCCAUCAUCAGCGAGGAGGAGCUGAACCACACGCAGGAGCUGGUGGCUGAGUUCUGCAAACCGGGAGGUGUUGGGGAGAGGCUGCAGAAAGGCCUGGAGAGAAGAGCCAAGAAAACAGAGAACUGGCUCUCAGACUGGUGGCUGAAGACAGCUUACCUGGAGUACCGCCUGCCCGUUGUGGUCCACUCCAGCCCAGGCCUGGUUUUACCCAAGCAAGAUUUUCUGGAUCGACAAGGUCAGCUCAGGUUUGCUGCCAAGCUGAUUGAGGGCAUCUUGGAUUUCAAGUCCAUGAUUGACAAUGAGACCCUUCCCGUGGACUACAUGGGUGGGAAGCCCCUCUGCAUGAACCAGUACUACCAUCUCUUCUCCUCCUGCCGCAUUCCCGGGCCCAAGCGGGACAGCAUCGUCAACUAUGCCAAAGGCAAGAGCCAGUCCAGACACAUCACAGUGGUUCACAACUUCCAGUUCUUUGAGCUGGAUGUUUACAACAGUGAUGGAACUCCCCUCACCACUGACCAGAUCUUCGUUCAGCUGGAGAAGAUAUGGAACACCUCCCUCCAAACAAACAAAGAACCUAUUGGGAUCCUCACCACCAACCACCGAAACAGCUGGGCAAAAGCCUACAACAACCUUCUGAAAGAUAAGACCAACAAGGAAUCCGUGCGUGCCAUCGAGAAGAGCAUUUGCACCAUCUGCCUGGAUGCACCUAUGCCACGGGUGUCUGAUGACAUCUACAAGAACUCCGUGGCUGCUCAGAUGCUGCACGGGGGAGGCAGUCGCUUCAACAGUGGCAACCGAUGGUUUGACAAAACCAUCCAAUUCAUCAUUGCUGAAGAUGGCUCCUGUGGGCUUGUAUAUGAGCAUACUCCUGCAGAAGGCCCCCCCAUAGUUGCUCUUCUGGAUCACAUUGUGGAAUACACGAAGAAACCUGAGCUGGUCAAAAAACCCACGACUCCUUUGCCAAUGCCCAAAAAGUUGCGGUUUAACAUCACCCCAGAAAUCAAGAAUGACAUAGAGAAGGCAAAGCAGGACCUCAACAUAUUGGUUGAAGACCUGGAUAUCAAAGUCAUGGUCUUUCAUCAAUUUGGGAAAGACUUCCCCAAGUCAGAGAAGAUAAGUCCUGAUGCUUUCAUCCAGUUGGCCUUGCAGCUAGCAUAUUACAGGAUGUAUGGCCAUGCCUGUGCCACCUACGAGAGCGCAUCGCUGCGGAUGUUCCGCCUGGGCCGCACGGACACCAUCCGCUCCACUUCCGUGGCCUCCCUGAAGUUUGUGCAGUCCAUGGACAGCCCUGACAGACCGGACCAGGAGAAAGCCAACUUGCUGAGGAGAGCUAUCCAGGCCCACAGGGAGUACACUGAUAUGGCAAUAAGGGGCAACGCAAUAGACCGCCACCUCCUGGGCUUGAAGCUUCAAGCUAUCGAGGACCUGGUGAGCAUACCUGAACUGUUCAUGGACACAGCAUAUGCUGUUGCAAUGCACUUCAACCUCUCAACCAGCCAGGUCCCAGCAAAGACAGACUGUGUGAUGUGUUUUGGCCCCGUGGUUCCAGAUGGCUACGGAAUCUGUUAUAACCCUAUGGAUGAACACAUCAACUUUGCAAUUUCAGCAUUCAACAGCUGUGCUGACACAAACGCAGCCCGCAUGGCACAUUACCUUGAGAAAGCACUGCUGGACAUGAGGCUCCUGCUCCAGUCCACUCCCAGAUCCAAACUGUAAGAGGCAAACAUGAUGCAAAGCCCCCAACUAACGGGGCUAUCCCUCGUGCACUGAAUUUCCCAGUUCCUGAUUGAGGGGACAGUUUGCACUGGAACCUGUGAGGGCAUCUCCCAUUUGUUUUCAGCAAGAGGUUACGGAAUAGUGAUCCACAGAUAUUAACUCUGUGGGGAGGCAACGCUGUCUGAAGUUGAACUGACUGGUCCUCUCCCAUCAAUGCAAAGUGCACCUUCCUGUCCUCAAAGAGGACUGAAAUAAGAUUUUUAUGGAACUUAAUGUAAAGGAAAACAGAAAGCGCAGUCCUUACCAGUAUCCAGAUCCAUUUGGUGAGAAGGGAGUUCUCCAAGAAAAGCAGGGAAUGUUUAUUCUAUGAUGGAACUACUGCAGGCUAAAGUCUUUUUGCUGGUUUAGUCUCCUGAAGAGUGCAGCAUCUUUCAAACUUGCCUGAAGAUGUUUCUGCUGCUCUGGCACAACUUCCACCAUUGAACUUUGACAAAGGGAGAAAGCAGCUCUUAAAAGUCAGAGCAGAUCCAGUCUCAUUAGAGUGCACUGCACUACUCAUCCUAGGCACUGCAACCAUUCCAUGCUUUACAGGCUUGGGAAUGUUCCCUUCCCCUCGGUUUCAGGAUGCUGGGAUGUCCUUUCUGUUGCACUGAUCCUAUUUACAACCGAAUACCAUUUGCUACAAACUAAGGUGGGGGUUUUGUUGUUGUUAUUGUUGUUCUGGGCUGUCUUUUAAGCUUGCUUCGUGGUCCUGGCCAUGGAUCUUCAGGCUCAGUGUGAAGCUUUAUCCCCACAAAGCUUCUAGAAGACUCUCUCACAUGUUUUGCUAGCUUUGGCUUUAUGUUCCUUAGUAUCUGCAGAGAUGAGGAGAGAUGGCCUAUGCAUUUAGCAAGCCACUUGCUUCACUGUACCUUUCUUUGGAAUUGAGGAAGAGAUUUUGCCCUCCUGUUCACUAGCCAGAGGCCCCAUGCCCUACCUCCAUCAGGGCACACACAUUAACACAAUGUGGUUUGCAUACCCUGCUUUCAGAAACAACCUAUUUGUGCAUAACGAGUUCUAUCUUCGUUGUGGACAAAGAAGAAUGUUUCUGAUCAGGAACUCCACAACAUACUUCCAUUUCUGGCCACAGAAUUCAAAUCCAUUAGAGCCAAAGGAAAACCAGCUGCAGAAGCCCCCUUCUUUCACAUCCCUCUGCUUUAACAAGGCAGGAGAGUCUUGGAAAGCAGGAAGAAAGCUGAGAACGUGGUCACUGUAGAUGCGUGUGCGCUGUGGCAGCCACUGUUCCUAUAGGAACAGAACAGCACCUUUUCUGCCACUCUUGGCGUUUCUCCUUGCUGCAGCUCACAUUUGUGCCAGCUCUAGUCUGUGACAGAACUCAUGAUGGCACUUUCAUGUUCAGCUGACAAACCUGAGACGAUAUUGAGAGUCUCUAGAAACAUACAAUUGCAGCAUAGGAGUUUUUGUAAGCACUGUUUCCAAUGAAUCUACCAGAAUCCAAGCUCCUGACUACUCUUAUUUAGCAAAACCAUAUGGUAAACGAGGAAUUCUAGUGCUAUUUCUGCAACAGGAAUUUUACAUUUCAAUUGCACACCCUUCAAAGAUGUGGCUGCUGAGACAUCACCCUAAACUAGAAGCAUGAGCAGGCAGAUGGCCUGUUUGGUUAACAGGGAAGUGUUUGAUCAUACUGCUUUCCUGACCAUAGAACAACAAGGGACAGGAUCAAAGUGCCUUGGGGAACAUACGUGACGAAAUUUGCACUAAACAUGUUUAAAGUAGGAAAACUCAUUCUAAUUUCCUUCUUGAAAGACACAAACCAACACGACUGCAUUUUUUUUUUCCUAAAAGGAUGUUAUUUCAAAGCUUCUAUCUUACACUUAAACCUUACAAAAGGAAAAUUUAACUGAAACUCACCUGCACAGCCAGUGAUUGUAUGAACUGCCACUUUCACAUCAUCUGCAUGGAUUUAGUUGAUCUUUUAGAAGAAUCCUGAAUGGAGUGAGAUAGGCUAAACCCAAACCAAAUAGGAGCACUACAGACCUGCAAGCACACCUCUGCUCUGUUGGCUUCUCUGUACGAAUGAGACUGAAAACUGCAAGAGGAUACUCAGUAUUAUCAAAGCAUAAGUGAUGGUGUAAAUACUACAUAAAAGACCAAACCUUGCUGGAAUAACAUCUGGGUUUAUGGAGCCUUUUACAUUGAAAAACUACUCAUUUUAGCCAAAGUAAUCCUCCCCCCAUACUGAAUCAACCCCUGUUGCUAAGGGAGGAGUUAUUUUGCCCUGUCUGCAAUGCCUUCAACCACUGAUGCUACAGUAUUUGCCACUGAAGUAUUUGAGACUGGCCCUUUGCUGCUUCUCUCUCAAAGGGGAAGGCUCUCAAAGGAAAGUGCCUAUGAAGAUUAAGGAGAAGUAUGUGCUGCUGUGACUGUAUCUCAGAAGAUGGGAUUGAUCUUUUCUGGAUCUAAAUCUGGAUAUCCCACAUCCCACUAGCUUCAGCAGAGCACAGCUGCAAGAAGCAGACUCUCACACCAGAAGAGAUACAAGAUUCAUGAACCACUCAAUGCAUCCUUAAUGAUAUACAGAGCUGAAAUUCGGAUGAAUGAAGCUGAUUUUUUAAGUGCUUGAAAGGACACUAAAACCAUUGCAAGGUUUUUUUUUCCUUUAAAAAGCCUUUUCUUGUUGUCCAAGUUCCCAAAUGUGAUGUUCUGAUUCAUACCUUCUUGAUGGUUUUCAGUGUUGACUUAUUGAAUACUGUUCUCCCUGUUUCUGAUUGUUUUCUUAAGAGAUGCCCAUUGUCUCAACAGCACAUUAAGUACAAAAAUAAACCCCUGAGUUGCAGGAAAACAACUGAUUUGGAACAAAUAGGCUGAAAAUAGUCAGCUAACUCUUGGGGUAUGAGUGCAAUUUAUGCCACAGCCUGGUAGUGUUGCAUGCUUUGCCGUUAGCUGUGUUAAACACUGUUUUGGUUGUUGUAAUCCAUGUCACGCAGUUUUAAACUGUUCUUUGAAUAAACUGAAACACAAUAAACAGAUAAAAUGCUACAAAAAGGCUUCAAUCUCCUUAGACACUGCAGGAGUUGCAUAACCAGCCUUAUGGGAGGAUGUUGGUGCAGGGACAGCAAGAACAGUGAACCACAGCAUUCUGUCACCUUCCUUUUAUUGUCUUAGCAUCUCCAUCCAGCCCCCUGGAGUACAGGGGAGGAAUAGAAAGCAUCUGCUUGCAAAGCCACAUAUUCCAAAGAAAAUAUUCCAUUUCAGAAAACUAGUGGCAGGAGACUUCAUACAAGUGUAGGAUAAUAAGGCAGAGCUCAAAUCUUUUUCCUGCACAGCACCAUUUAGUUAAGAAAAAUCCAUGGAAUCACUAAGGAAUUUCUACUGUAUCAAGUAUUGCAAAGGUUUCUGGAAAGGUACAGCAAAAGUAGGCAGAAGAUGCAGAUUACAAACAACUCACAGAGAACAGAGGAGAGUUUAUUACAGUGUCUUACAAGAGCUCUUCUUCCUCUCCCUUACUCCUAACUGUGGGAAGCUUGGGUUUGAAGGCAACAUGAAGUGGAACAGCUUUGUACACUAAACCGCUCUCCAUGAAGACAUGAAACCUCUUCCCUACACUCUAGGUCUCAAUAGGUGCUUCCACAUAGAGUUUUUCCAGCAAUCUGUCCUUGUGAACAGCUUAAGAGGGGCUAGGGAAGCACUAGCCACGUUUGAAACAAUCCACUCUUCCAGCCUUGUCCUUGGGGAAGAAUGUUGUCAUCUCCCUUCUGGUUUUGUGAGUUGACUUACAAAAGAGAGGAAGAGAAAAUAAAUGGGUUUUUGCAAGACAUAAGUGAUUAGUACCAGCUUUCCAACUGAAACAUGCGGCCUGUCUGAUGGCCUCUCACAUUUUAACAGAGCUGCUCUAAGUCAGAUCAAAUGUCCUUGUGAAAGCUGCGAGAUGCAUCUUUAUUCUGAUACACCUUCAAGCAGAUCCAGUGCUCGGGUCCUUCAGAUGCGAACAGGAUUGCUCGUGUUAUGCAAAUACUAACCAGGACUUUACAUAAUAAUUUGCUGUAACGACUGAAAACAGGAAGUUUGCUACCCAUAGCUCCUGCAACAGCAAUUUUUCCACAGCUAACACUCCGUUAGCUGUCCAAGUUUCUCCAGCAGCUCCCACUCCACACGAACACACAAACUCCUAUGGCAACAGGCACAGAGGAAAACUUAAAAUAAUCCAGAUGAACAGAAACACGUCUCACUUCCAGCAGCUUUAUAAUGCAGGAGUCUGAUUAAAGUGGAGAUAGGAAAACAGGCAGCAAGACCGAGCUGUGACAGUCAGUUUACCUCUGCUCACACGACUGCAUCGAAGGCACACCGAGGACCUUUGAGCCCGUUCAGAAGCUGUCCUUUAUCUGUGAAAGUUCAAGUCAGUUGUGCUUUGAAUAAAUACUUCUCUGUAGUUACA